ACCAAAUCUCUUCUUGGACCAUUUAAAACAAAUUUCCUAAAAAUGCAAAACUUUCCUGGCGCUGCUCCUUUCUCUCUCGCUGUUACUCCUCUCAAAGGAUGAGAUCCCAGACUGCGUUUCUGGCAGCCGGACAAAGCUCUCCCCUGCCCACUGCCCCCUCAAAGCCCAGGCUUUUUGUGCGUGCACACACACACACACACAACACAACACACACAACACACACACACACAGACACAGCCUCCCUGCUGCCUUCUGUAGCCUGACAAAGAAUUCGGCAGCACUGUUGCUUGAAACUUCCCAAGCGGGAGGUGGGGAUUUUUGGGGCCAGAGUGGGGGUUUUCCAGGGUGUGUGUGUUUGUGAGAGCGAGAGAGAGAGAGCGAUAGUUGCACCAUUGUUCUUCCUUGAGGCCUGGCAUUGAAGGAAGCCCCUCUCCAGUACUGGGGAUUUAGAGGGGAUUUAGAUAAAAGGGAGGUUGGGUUGCAGGCUGUGCUUCCUCCUCCUCCUCCUCCUCCUUGGGGUGAGUCAACGGCACCGCCUCUUAUCCCUUAAUGCCAUGUUACUGGACACCAGUUGCCCAAAUCCUUGCAUAAGCCCUGCUUCCUGCCAACUGCCAGGGAGAGGUAUAAAUCUGGGUGCCCCAGAGAGGCUGCCACCUUUCCGGCACCUGAGGAGCACCAAGGCAGACCCACCAGCAUGGAGGCCGCCCUGCUAACCCUCGCCGCGUUCUGCAUCUUUGGUGUCCAGGCCGACGUGGAAGUGGAUCCAAAUUUUGACCUUAACAGGUUUGCAGGGAAGUGGCACGUCUUGGCACUCGCCUCCACCGAACCGAUGCUUCAGAGCUUGAAGGACAUCAUCACCACACCGGCGGUCCGGAUCCAUCCCUUACCGAAUGGCAACAUGGAAAUAGAGACUUAUUACCUUUUGGGGGAAAACUGCGAAGGGAUGAAGGGAAGCUACAUGAAGGCGGACAAAUCGGGACACUUCACCUCAAGUGACGAGAAGGGCAAGAAGGACCUGCGGGUGCUGGCCAGCGAUGCCAACUUCGCCAUUGUCUACGCUGUGCGGGAGAUGAAUGGGAUGCCCCCCAGCAGGAGCCUCCAGCUUUACAGGAGGGACCCCAAGGGAGAUGGGAACCUGGAGAAAUUCAAGGCCUAUUGCCAGAAGAUGGGGCUCAUGGGCGAGCUGCUGCUUCCCCCUUUCUCCGAUAAAUGUUUCAAGCAAAUUGGCGCCUGAAGAGACCCAGCCUCUCCCCCUGCAGCCACAGACCCUCCUUGGGCCCGGAAGCCAUACCUGCUGGUCUCCCACCUCUUAUACACCCCCCCUCCUCAUUUGCUUCGCCCCCCCUUCCUUCCCCUUCCCUGGAAUAAAUAGAUUACACCUUCCCCUCUUCUUGAGCCGUGUUUUCUGUGGGGCUCCUGGGUGGGGAAGGGGCCGGUGGCAACAGCCGCACAGCAGGGAAGGCCCCCCGCAAGGGCUGGGAUGGCCAGAAUGAAAUCUGCCUCCAAGCCUCCCAACACUGAGGACAGUUGCUGCUCCUUUAAUCCACCCAGGUAAAGUGAA